GAAAAAAGUUGUUGCCUCUACGUGAAUCGUAAAAAGAUCUCCAGUAUUCAUUCGGUAUAGUAAUUUUUAACAUUCAUUCAACAUAGUAAUUUGUUAUUUAGAGCAAUAUAGUAAGUUUUUUUUAUGUUAAACCCUACAAAUACAUGAGGCCGAAAUUUAAAUCAAGAAAACAACACGAUGAAGAGGAACUUAACCAAAGAUAGAGACAUAUUAACGGUUGGAAAAAACUUGGAGUACAUGGUCCAGGCAGUGAAAGGUUCUUUAACGGAAUCCCAACAAAGCCAAUUCUUCAACUGCUCCAAUGACGUCGAAGUUUUUAAAUUUCUAUGGUCUCUUGACUUCACACAUGACGUGCUAUCUUUGGAGGAAGAGUACGAGAGAAAGUCAGAUGAUAAGUGCAAGAAUUUUCGCCAAAAAGGCAAUGAAUACUUUAAAAAACAAUCGUUUCUGACUGCUUUAAGAGAAUAUAACAUGGCGGUCAUACAUGCAGUCUAUGAUGAACAUUUAAAUGGUCAGGCUAAUAAAAUUGAUGGUGAUGUUAAGCCACAUGACGACAUUAAUGUGACUGAAAUGAGUGAAAAUGAUGACAAGAGGAGUGAAGUUGAUGACGGCUCUGAGAUUUCUCUCGCACUUGGAAACAGGUCAGCCGCUCUGUUUCAGCUUGGAAAGUAUCAGGAAUGCUUGAUAGACAUCGAAACGGCGCUCCGCCUGAGGUACUUCAAAAAUUCAAUCCACAAAUUAUUGCAUAGGAAAGGCGUUUGCUAUUUGAAAUUGAACUCUGUAGAGAAAGCAAAAGAUAGUUUCAAACUAGCUUUGGAGUAUCUUGAGUCUGUUAAGUCACACAUUGAAGAUAAAAUGUACAUCAGUUGGAAGAAGACCAUUGAAAAAUGCAUAUCUCAGUGCGAGAAUGAAACUGAAACCACAAAUGAAAAUAAUGAAAAUAGUGAAAUUGUUUCAGAGUUUCCGUUAAAAUUAUCGAAAGAAUCACAUGAAACCCACCCGGAGGCAGUCAAAUCGUUGGAAAUAAAAGGAGAAAAAAGUUGCAACAGUUUUGUGGUGAGCAGAGAUGAAGUUGGCACUGGUGACGUUCUCGUUAUUGAGCGACCUCUGGUCAGCUGCCUCUUUCAAGAUAGAUCAAAAGAGCAGAGAUGCUACAACUGUUUAUCACGCAUUCCUCUCGUUUCCUAUCCGUGUUUCACUUGCACAUCCGUCAUCUUCUGCAGUCAGAAAUGUCGAGAUGCUUCUUACAACUCAUUCCACAAACACGAGUGCCGCUUCUUUGCUCUGCUCGGUGAGAAUAUGUGCUCAGAUGUUGGUCACCUGGCUGUGAGGAUGGUCAUGAAGUUGGGGGUGGGUGAAGUUUUGCAAAUUUUUGAAAAAGCUGGAAAUGGUGAUAAUAAUAUGAAUUUUGAUAGGGAUGAUUUAAAGAAUUCAAAAGAUGUUGUUGAAAAAUGUAAACGUCUGUACGACUUGGAGGUGGUUGGCUUCAAGAAAUCACCGACAAACAGCGUAAAUGAUAUCUCUAAAAUGAUUGAAAUUCCACUUUUGAGUUGUUUCCUCGCCAAGUAUCUCACUCUCACUAACUACAUAUCAUUACGACCCAAAUCUGACGAGAAUACAACCAACAUUACGACCAACGUUCUAAACUGUGCACAUGCAAAUGAAACAAUUCGUCCAGAGGACUUCUACAGAUUAGGAGCUGUUCUAAUAAACAACAUCCGAAUUAUAAAGAGAUACGCUAAACUGAUCAGACUGACGACUAAAUUCGGCGACGCGGAAGAUUCGCAGAGCCAGGCAAUCGGCAUAGCACUCUACCCAAACGUCAUUUCCCAAUUCAAACACUCGUGCGAUCCGUCAGCCGAUGUAACCUUCUAUAAUGACUUAGCCGUAGUUAGGGCAAUUAGGGAGAUAUUCCCCGGUGAAGAGGUCAGUAUCUCAUUUGGACCGCUGUUCCAUGAGGUCAAACUGGAGAAGAGGAGGUGCAUGCUGUGGAAUGAUUACUACGUCAUGUGCAAUUGCGUGGCCUGCUUCAAUAAGUGGCCCGUGCUGGAAGAGAUGUUUCAAGAUGCACCUGGAUACAAGUGCGAGAAGUGCAGAUCCCCACUAACGUCAUCAGACAAGGUGGACAAGAAAAACCUUCGCUGCCCCUACUGCAAUCACCAGCAAAACCUCGAAAAAAUCGUCCACCAACUCCAAAAUUCUUUCGACUCCUACGCCUCUGGUAUCAAUGAGGCCAUGUCGGGCAACCACGGAUAUGCCCUCCCGUGUCUAGUUGGUCACCUGAGACUGUUGCACAGGUAUCUGAGACAGCCAUGGCCGGAUUUGGUUGCCUGCCAAGAGGCUGUGAAGAUGUGUUAUAGGUUGCAGGCUGCCGAAAGAUAAUUGCUGGGUGUGUGUGUGUGUGUGUGUGUGCGGAAGGUGAUUGUUUUGCUAGUUGAGUGAAUGAAGGGAUAGAUAGAUAGAUGAAUGAAUCAAUAAUUGUAUAAAUGAAGGAGUGAAUAAAUGAAGAAACGAAUGAAUGGCCGGUUGGCCAUUUUUUUUAAGUUGAUUUUUUUGAUUGACGUGCAGAAAAUUUGAAAUAAACAUGAAAAAACC